AACGAGAGAUUGCCCUUCACGCUUUCAAUGAAAAUUGAUAAUUUACGCCUUAUGUAAUAGUUAGGGCAGUUCAAUACCGCCUCUUUCUAGUCUUAAGCUACCAGUCUUGUCGUUGAAUCGACACUGCAAAACUUGAGAGAAGUAUAUGUUACAAGUUUUUAGUGUUUCAUAGAAUGACGAGAGAAAAUGUCUCCCCCAACUUAUGGUGAUCUUGGUAAGAAUGCACGUGAUGUAUUUGGUAAAGGAUACCACUUUGGUCUCUUCAAGCUUGACGUGAGGACUAAGACAGACUGUGGUGUUGAGUUCUCUUCUGGUGGUGUAUCCAAUCAGGAUACCGGCAAAGUCUUUGGUACCCUUGAAAGCAAAUACAAGGUUAAGGAUUAUGGCCUUACUUUUGUUGAAAAAUGGAAUACAGACAAUACUCUUGGUGCCGAUAUUACUCUUGCUGAUAAGCUACUCAAAGGUCUCACUAUUGGUUACAGUUCCACUUUCUCUCCUCAAACUGGACUCAAAACUGGCAAAUUGAAGAGUACAUAUAAACAUGAAAAUGUUGCUGUCACUGCUGAUUUUGAUCUGAGUCUUUCAGCUGGCCCUCUGAUCAAUGCUACUUCUGUUAUUGGAUAUCAAGGUUGGUUAGCUGGAUACCAAGUUGGUUUUGAUUCUCAAACCAAGAAAGUUACAAAGAACAAUUUUGCACUUGGCUUCAACGCAUCUGAUUUCCAUCUUCACACAUCUGUUGACAAUGGUCGUGAAUUCGGAGGAUCAAUAUACCAUAAGAUCAAUUCCAAACUUGAUGGUGCUAUUAAUUUAGCUUGGAAUUCUAGCAACAAUGUAACACAAUUUGGUCUUGGUACCAAGUAUGAUCUUGACAAGGACGUUAGUGUGAGGGCCAAGGUUAACUCUCAACUACAAAUUGGUUUGGGAUAUCAGCAAAAAUUGCACAGUGGUGUUACUCUUACUCUUUCUGCAAACAUUGAUGGCAAGAAUUUUGGAUCUGGUGGUCAUAAAGUUGGUCUGGCACUAGAUUUGGAGGCUUAAGUCUCAAGAUCAAAGUGAAUCCUACCCCUUUCGAAAAAACAUACUUCAUUACACUUGCGUCAUAAUGAACAUGUCUCAAUCAUGCUUCAGACCGGUCAUUGCCUGUAAUGUAAUGUAAUGUAGGUAGAUUUGCCCUUGCAAAGGGUUACCUGAACUUUAUUGCAUAUUGUAUAAGGGACAGUUUAUGUCGUUUGUUCACUCAGCCAGCUGGAUGAAGAUUGGAAGAGAUGCGGUAUGAAAUGUGACGCAAAUUAAAAUUCUAAUAAAUGCAAGAUUUAAAAAUCUCCGUAUUAUACUGCUGUAAAAAGCAAAUGAUUUGUUAAAUUUUAGACGUCAGCUUCAUAGUAUCAACACAUUGACUCUAGUAAGAUACGAUAUGGAACUAUCCAUAGCAACAAUAAAGUUGAGACGAAAAAUGAAAACAACUUGCAUAUUAUGUUUUACUUUAAAAUACAUCUUUUCAUUUUUUUUAUGUGCAUUUUCUGUAGGUCAUUAAUUUUUGUAGUAUCGUAUGUACAUUGAUGAUACUCCUGUGGAAUCACCCAUACACAUUUAGUUUUCU